UGAUGACGUCACUGGAAGCGACAGGAGCACGGUGCUGUUGUUAGCAUGUUGUGCUAAAUUGAAGGAUUUCUCAGAACUCCGUGAUCCCUGGCAGGUUAACCAACAUGUCUUUGUACGAUGAUUUGGGCGUCGCUACCAGUGAUGCGAAGACCGAGGGCUGGUCAAAGAACUUCAAAUUACUUCAGUCUCAGCUCAAAGUGAAGAAAGCUGCCCUGACCCAAGCAAAGACUCAGAGGACGAGGCAGACAAACGUCCUGGCCCCGGUGAUUGAUCUGAAGAGAGGUGCUGGAGAUGACAGACAGAUUCCAGACACACCUCCACACCCAGCAGCAGGGUUGAAGGAUUCUGCGCCCAGUGGGUUUUCGGCAGGUGACGUCCUGAUCCCGCUGGCGGACGAAUACGACCCCAUGUACCCCAACGACUACGAGAAAGUGGUGAAACGACAGAGAGAGGAGCGCCAGCGCCAAAGAGAGCAGGAGCGCCAAAAAGAAAUCGAGGAGAGGGAGAAGAAGCGUAAAGAGCGGCAUGAAGGCGAAGCUCCCAGCGGUUUCUCACGCUUCCCAGCAGAGGCAGAUUCAGACGAGGAUGAGGAGUAUGAGAAAGAAAAGAGGAAGAGGAGUGUGGGUGGAGCUGCUAUCGCUCCUCCUUCAUCACUCGUCGACUCAUCGUACUCGUAUGACGACGACGAUGAUGGAGGUCGCCAGCGCUCCAAAGUGGCAAUUCCUCCCCCUGUGUACGAGGAAUCUGAUCGGCCACGCUCUCCUCCAGGACCCACCAGCUCCUUCCUUGCCAACAUGGGGGGGACGGUGGCUCACAAGAUCAUGCAGAAGUACGGCUUCCGUGAGGGUCAGGGCCUGGGCAAGCAUGAGCAGGGGCUGAGUACGGCUUUGUCGGUGGAGAAAACAAGCAAACGUGGUGGCAAGAUCAUCGUUGGAGACUCGGCAGAAAAGAGUGGAGGAUCCAAUCAGAGUGCAGCUGAUGUGCCUGGCUCAUAUUUGGGAGCACAAGCAGAUACAAAAAAGAACGAGGUCAACCCUCUGACAGAGAUCCUCAAGUGCCCUACCAAAGUGGUGUUAUUACGGAACAUGGUGGGAAGGGGUGAGGUGGACGAAGACCUGGAGGGUGAGACAAAAGAAGAGUGUGAGAAAUACGGUAAAGUCAUCAAGUGUGUGAUCUUUGAGAUUUCGGAAGUGAUUGAUGAAGAAGCAGUUAGAAUAUUCCUGGAGUUUGAGCGGGUUGAGUCUGCUAUUAAAGCUGUGGUGGAUCUAAACGGAAGAUAUUUUGGCGGUCGAGUGGUGAAAGCCUGCUUCUAUAACCUGGAUAAAUUCCGUGUUCUGAACCUGGGGGAGUCGGUGUGAGUCACACAGACCAACGUCACCCAUCCUGUCUUCACGUGCGCUAGUGAAAACACAAGGAAAAACACCGGAGCCUUUUUUUUGUAAAUAGCAUGAAUGAUUUUUAUACAUCCUCACCUGACUGCAUUCUUCAUCCUCCUGUCUUUCCAGUGAGAAACAUCUUACAGAUCCAUGAGAUUUUUUUUUAGUUUAUUUGGUUAUUGAUUUUCAUUGUUGUAAAUUCAGUGUGUAUUACAAUAAACAUCAUUCCUGACAGUAUGUUGUAUCAACCAGCAAAUAAACGGUGUAUUUGGAAA